AUGGGCCUCUUUGACUUCUUCAAGUCCUCCAAGGAGGAAUCUCCCCGUACCCAACAACCAACCUGGGAUCCUAAUACUAUGACGAUGCAACAACCAGCUAGUCCUCCUGCUCCCAUGGUUGACCGUACUGUUUCGGACCAACCAAACACUCAGGAGAACAUGCAGUUGCGUGGCGGUGGUGCGGGUGAUUGUUGUUGUGGAAUAUGCGCCGGUAUCCUUUGCUUCGAGUGCUGUGAGGAGUGCUGUUAG